AUGACAUGCUGCUUAGUAAACCAGUUAGCACCCCCAUGUCCGCAAAGGCGAUUCUCACCUGCCACUGAGGGAGACUUCCUUCCCGAUCCCUCAGUCUUCAGGGAAAUUGUUGGUUCUUUGCAGUAUUUGACCAUCACACAUCCUGACAUUGCCUUUGCCGUCAACUCCAUCUCUCAGUUCAUGAGUCAGCCACACACCCCGCAUUUGAUUGCAGCCAAACGCAUCCUUCGCUACAUCAAAAGCACACUUGAUCAUGGCCUGUUCUUUAGACCUCAUCACCAACCUGCUUAUCUUGCUGCCUAUGUUGAUGCGGAUUGGGUUGGAUGUCCCGACUCUUGUCGUUCUACAUCCGAAUAUCUUGUCUAUCUUGGCACCAACUUGGUCUCUUGGAGUUCUAAAAAGCAGCCCACCGUUGCUCGUUCCAGCACUGUGUCCGAGUAUCGUUCCUUGUCUCAUGCUAGUGCUGAGUCCACUUGGUUAGCUUUCUUACUCUAUGAGCUCGGUGCUAGAAUUUAG